CCGGCUGCGGCGUCAACGAUGCCCAAAGACCGCUUCAACAUGAGCCCGUAUCACCAGCUGAAGCUCACACUGAAGGACCAACGCAUGCUGCUCGAGAUCGAGAAUGACCUGGUCGAGGACACGUUUCGGAAGUACGAGGAGUUUGUCAUGAGCAACUCGCAAGUAAACCCGGCGCGCUGGCGACACAUUAAGUCGAGGGACGACCUGCACAUCUACGCGAAGCGCUCAAAGAAGCCGGCGGCCAAGGUUAUCUGCAACCCACAGUGUUGCCGCCCCGACGUCGAGGAAUACGACAGUGCCGGCGUUAAGCCGGUCGUUCUUAGUGUCGGCACUUUCAAAGGGCAACUGGACGAUCUCAUGUUCGGCACGGUAAACCCGACCGACGACAUUAUGCACGUCAAGGCCUCGUACGUGCACGACUAUAGUGACGGUGCCGUGUUGGCCACGCUGGUCCGACCCACGGCCGAGGAUCCGUUCCGGUCGGUGACGGUUAAGUGGCUACAAAUCGACUUACCUUUAAGCUCUACUAAGCUUAUUAGGGACCGUGACUUUCUCUGUCUCGAGGCGUCGGGCAUUCUACACUUCGCUAACGGCGAGCGCGUCGGCUACUUGAUGCUGCAUUCAAUCGAGUCGCCGCUGGUACAGCCGCUGCCGAACGUUAUCCGUGCCAAGCACAAUAUCGCCGGGUUCUUCCGGCAGGUCGCACCUAACGUGAUCGACACGUUCGCGUUCGAUUCGGUCGAACCGGGCGGUAACCUAUUGGAGUCGGUAGUGUUACCGGUAUGCGCCAAUGCUUUAUUGUCGGCUACGAACUAUGUCGAGUGUGGCAUCAUGAAGAAGCUCACGUGGAUGCUCCAACGGCGCCAGGCAGCGCUACGUGUGGGCGAUUUCGCACCCAUACCGCGCAACGAUGAUCUCUGCGUAACGUGUCGACGCAAUCUCCAACCAGGCUGCAUGAAUGGCCUGGGGAAGGGCAAGUGCAAGAUGUGUUUGGGCGGUUUAUGCUACGGAUGCAAGGAGGUGAAAACCAUCAGCUUUCUCUCUCCGGAUCGAAAGCUGCUGCGACACAAAAUCACGUUUUGUGGCGCAUGCGUCACGAUGGCCACUCGGAUGAAUGCGAUGGACGCAGCGCGCGACCAGGCUAAUGGCUUCCACGCCUACAACGCUACUUAA